CGUUUUCUAGUAACGUUAUUUGGAGCAGCAGCUACGACUUUCGGGUCGCUCCUUCUUUCGUUUCGUCACACACUGUGUUGUCGGCCGCUCUCUCUCUCUCUCUCCUCUUUUCUUUGCGCUUCAACGUUUCGUUUAUGCACCGAUUGCUGACUGUUCUCAAGAUCCGAAUGUGCAUCUGCAGUGUACUGAAGUUGUGAGGGACCAACAGAGCACUUCAAAUUGUUUAGCUUACAGCUGUGGGAUGGAACAGUGGGGUGGUCAUCAUCGAGUCUUGUUCAUUGGUCAGCGGGAGGAAGAUGGAAGUCAAGUUCCUUCUGAUAUUUCUAAAGAAGAGGAAUCAAACGAUGAAGAAGAAAAAAUCAUUAAAACUGAACCUGUCUUUACACCAGAAAUUAAGAAAAGGAAGCGCCUUAGCCUUAGUCAGCUUAGAGAGGUGAAAGAGGAGUCAUGUGAGAGGCAAAGCAUUAGCAAGCUCAAGACAAAGAAACAUGAAAGUAGGGACAGAUGGUCAAUGGAGAGGUAUAAGUUGGCUGAGAAAAACAUGUGGGAGGUCUUAAAAGCUGAAGGUGCAACUUUUGAAAACCCAAUAACCCGACCUGCAUUAAGAAAUGCUGCCCGUAAACACAUUGGUGAUACUGGACUUUUAGAUCACUUACUGAAGCACAUUGAUGGUAAGGUGGCACCUGGAGGAAACGAGCGUUUCCGAAGAUGGUUCAACACCAAUGGAAUCAUGGAGUAUUGGUUGGAGAAUGCUGACUUGGAAAAGGUCCGUCAAGAGGCAGGGGUGCAGGACCCUUACUGGAUACCACCACCUGCAUUUAGGGCAGGCAGUGGCCCCUCUCAGAAUACUGAUUCUUCUGGUGAAUUGAAACUGCUUAAAAUAGAAAUGGCCCAAAUGAAGAAAGAUAUGCAGGAGCUCAUUGCCAAGAAACAAGAGAAAAAUGAAAUUAGUCUGAAGGUGAAUUCUCACAAGGAAUUUGUUAAGUGGAAAGCUAUGACUGAAUGUCGCCUAACUGAAAUCAUGGCUUCUUUGAAUGGUGUGCAGGGCAAGUAUGGUGAAUUUGUGACUUGGAAAACUAGAGUUGAGGAACAGCUUGUGGAAAUAACAAAUAAAUUGAGUGAUCUCCAAGCAUCAAGGGAAUGCACCACUUUUAGUCCUCCUUCAGAAAGAUGGAAAGAUUGGAUAGAAAGCACCAACCUAGACAAUAUUCAGGAAGAUGAAUUUGCAACUUGGAUUGGGAGUUCAGAGUUACUUAAUGUUCCCCAAGAGGCUGUGCUUAAAGACCCCAACUCAGCCAUACCAACUCAGCUACUUAAUGAAGAACUGACUAACAAGAAGAGUGAUGUGUUGGCGUUGGUGCCCACGAGACAAAAAGAUCAACCUAAUGUUACCCCAGAUUCUUCUGCAACCGUGAAUUCAAAGUCAGACCUUGAUAGCUCAUUGGUAAUGUUUCAGGAGAUGUUUAUGGAUAUAUUCAAAUGGAAAGAAAAAAUGGAGCAGCAGCUGUUGGACAUAUCAAAUACUGUAUAUGGUAUGCUGGCAAUGAAGUAGAUAUCACUUUGAAGUAUCAAGCCUAGGAUAGGAUUAUAAUUUAUAACCACCCUUUCGUUCACAAGUUUUUCUUUGUUACUCUUAAAACUGGUAGAGUUUAGAUAUUGUACAGCAUUAACAAUCUGAUCCUGAAAAUCUUUGCCAAACACUGAGUUCAUGGAAGAGUGUCUGAGUCUCACUUGCGUAUUGAGCUGCAAAUUGUUGAUAUGUUUGACUGGCCCUUUUACAGCGAAGUUGGUUAUGAUUCAAAGUAGGUCGUCAGUGGGAAUGUUAUUGAUUGUAAUCUUGACUUGUUGGUUAAGAUUAUGUGAGUUCCUUUAGUAUAGAUCUUUAGGUAGGUUUUACCCGUAUUUAUCGUAUUAGCUAGUGCUCUCUCUUUAAGAACUUUUACUUAACCUAUUUGGGGGACGAGGUUCCAUAUUUAUAUAUAGAAUUUCUACAUCAUAUGUCGUUUAGCAUAUCUUUUGGGAUGCCUUACCAUUGUUAAUUACAUAAUGU